AUGAACGCUAACAAACAAAGGCAGUAUAAUCAGCUUGCACACGAACUUAGAGAGCUUCAAACGAAUUUACAGGAAACGACAAAACAACUAGAUAUCAUGUCGAAACAAUGUAACGAAAACUUGGUAGGCCAAUUGGGUAAGGUACAUGGAAGUUGGUUGAUAGGUAGUUACAUUUAUUAUAUGGAGCAGAUGCUUGGAAAAACGCAAUAA